AUGGGAAUACCACUGGUGGAACACACGACCCAACCGUCAAUUCCUGAUUUGUACCUUUUGAAAUACUCACUCAAUCAAUCAUCAUCAUCACCAAUUUCAUCUAUUAAUUCAAUCCGUAUUUCUCCCGAUGGUAAAACAUUCGCGACGUGUUCUUCGGAUACUAUCAUCAGAAUAUAUGAUCUUACGACUGGUACGUUGAUAGCUGAACUUCUAGGACAUACCAAGGGUGUUUCUGAUAUUGUUUAUUCUCCGAUAAACUCAAACAUUAUCGCAUCGUGUUCUGAUGAUUUGACUAUUCGACUUUGGUCAAUCAAGACCAAGAAAUGUAUAAAGAUUCUCAGAAAACAUACAUAUCAUAUAACUACUAUAAAGUUUGUUUCCAAGGGGAAUAUUCUUAUCAGUGGAUCGGCCGAUGAAACAAUCACCAUAUGGGAUAUAACCCUGGGCAGAAUUCUCACUACAUUGGCUGCCCACUCAGAUCCAGUCAGUUCCUUAUGUUUAACUCCAGAUAAUUCUAUAAUUGUAAGUGCAUCAUAUGAUGGAUUGAUGAGAUUGUUUGACUUGGAAACCAGUCAAUGUUUGAAAACUUUGACGUAUAAUGCAUCCCAUGGGACAGCUACGGCAUCCACUACUGAUGUUUUAAAUUUCCCCAUUUCCAAUGUGGAAAUCUCCCCUAAUGGAUUAUACAUCUUAAGUUCAAGUUUGGAUGGGUUGGUUAGAUUAUGGGAUUACAUGAGUAAUAAAGUUAUCAAAACCUACCAGGGUAUAAAUGGACAACCAGUAAGUGAGCACUUUAAUUGUGGGGCGAAAUUUAUCAUCAAAACAGAAACACCGAAAAUAGUAUCUGGAUCAGAAAAGUCGGGAAUAUUGCUCUGGGAUGUUCAGACUAAAGAGAUUGUAUACCAAUUUAACAACGGUAAUGAUGCUGUAUUAGAAGUAGAUACAUUGGAUGAGGGAAGAAUAUUAGUAAGUUGCAGUAGAGAUGGAAUCAUUAAUGUGUUUGAGUUAAAUAAAAAGUACAUAAAGCAAGACAAGAUCGCUACUGAAGAACUAAACACUCGUGAUGGAACUCCUUUUGAAAAGAAUCCACUGCCAUAG